UCCAAUAUCAUUAUCAAGCAGUACAGUUAGGCAGCGCACUUGAUAGAAAAUACAUUUAUUACAAACAUCAUUCCUGUGAUAACUAUAACGCUAUAAAGGGUAGACCUCAACAACGAUGAUGCUUGCCUUUAAGGCACUAUUGGUUUGGCUGCCCCUCGUGUCCAUCUGCAGUGCAGAGAAGAUGGAUAAGGAGCUGAGGAUGCCAGGAGUGCAGCCACAAGUUAAUGAUACAUAUCUGUGUUACGCAAUGAAGAUUGACCAGCUUCUGUACAUAACUGGUUUCGGUCCCCAUGCCGAUAUGAACACCGCCCAUCAUAUGUUGCUCUAUGGAUGUAAGGAACCUGGAGAUGAGCAGAAACCAUGGAAUUGUGGUGAGAUGGCUGCAACAGGCAAAAAAUCUGACUUUGGACGUGGACCUGUCUGUAAGAGUGGAUCACAGAUAAUCUAUGCCUGGGCUAUGGACGCCCCACCCCUACAAUUACCAAAAGAUGUUGCCUUCAAGGUGGGAGGCGAUACAUCAGUCAAGUACAUGGUAGUACAGGUCCACUACAAGGACGUACGGAACUUCAUACCACCUAAAAAUCAGAAGGAUACAUCUGGAAUAACGUUACACACCACAACUACUCCGAAGUUAAGAAGAGCAGCCGUUUAUCUCCUUGGUACGGGCGGAAUGAUACCAGGCAAAUCAACAGUCUACAUGGAGGCUGCGUGUGAUUAUGAUGAACCCAUUGUCCUCCAUCCGUUCGCAUACAGGACGCACGCCCAUACUCACGGUGCGGUCGUCUCUGGCUACCGGGUCCGUGAUGGUGAAUGGACCGAGAUCGGAAGGCAUUCGCCUCAACUGCCGCAGAUGUUCUACAAUACAACGAAUCCCGGUAUGGACGUAAAAAAGGGUGAUAUCCUGGCUGCACGUUGCACGAUGGUCAACAAGGACAAAAAAUCUGUUUAUAUUGGGUCGACCCAAAAUGAUGAGAUGUGCAAUUUUUACAUGAUGUUUUACGUCGACGGUACUAAUCUCCCACAGCAACACACGUGUUUCACUGCAGGUCCCCCACAGUGGAACUGGAACUCAUUCGCUGGCCUUGACCGGGCUGCAGCUCCCAAGACCGCUAGUGUCGUACCAGGUACAACUGAAGUCCUAAAAGAAACGCCCAAUGCCAUACUGGCCCAACAGGAAGCCCAGGGACGUGGUGUCCGUGACUACCUUGACAGUUACAACAUCCCUGAGGACAAUGAGGAAAGCUUGAUAGACGACGAGAACCUUGACCAGUACCUGACUGAUAAAGAACGUCUUCUGGAGCUGGAGGAGUACCUCAGAAGUGAAGACGAUGACUACUAUUAGGAUCCCCCUGUCAAGCCGCGGCGAUUUGAGCAGAUAACAUCGAUCUGUCUUGACUUUUCUAGUCAGUUCUUCUGGUUGUGCAGGGAAUACAUGUAGAAUCAACCAACCUGGCCAUCUCUUUGGUCGAAUUCUGGUUGUAUUCUACUCCCUAGAGUAUACAAUCGACCAUCAUAGUCCCCCUCUCUGGUUGUGCAACAUAUUCCAUCCCUUGAGCAGUUUAUCAGCAGUGUCCCCUCCAAUCGGCGUGUCGCUUUCGUUUGUAUGCAGCCAUGUUCAAAUUGCUGCGGCUGGUGAACUCAAUUUAUACCUGCUUGGUUAUUUUCAAACGCCUUACACACAUGGUUCCUGAUAGAUCGUCUUCCCUUCUUUGAGUACACACUGUCACUAUCAUUGCUUUUGCCUAUGGCUUAAUUGUUCUCUUUUAUCAGUUGGUAUCAAAUUUGAAUGGAUUCAACGAGAAUCUUUAAGAAUAAUUUGUUGACUACUCACUAUUCAUACUUUACAUGUAUAACCCAUUGUGCGCAUUCGCAUCGCAAGUGUACACCUUUGGCAAUGGACCGAAAACCCACAUUCGCAUCGCCGUAUUACCUUUUAGUUUCGCCACACUUGCUACAAUGAGAAAAGCAUGGAACCAAGUUGCGAGUCAUUUGAGAAGAGCCACUCGAGAUGAGGUGAGAAGAACCACUCGAAAUUAGAUGCUAAGUACUCAAGUAUCAAGCAUGAACAUGAAAGAUCCAUGAGGUAAAAGGCCAAUGAGGAAUUUUUGAAGACAUACCUCCAACGCUAUGCUAUUUCCUAUUUCUGAUUUCCUAUUAUAUAUAAUUGACAAAAUCUUCGAGGACUCCCUGGUCGUCCAUGAAACAUUAUCAUAAUUCGUUUAACGCGGUUAGUAAGAGUCUGUAUUCGUGCAGAUAGACUGGGUGAAUAUGUCCGAUGAUACUCCUUUUAAAGUCUGGGAAGAUUACUUAUUUAAUUAAAAGUAUCCUACAAAUAGUUUUCGUAUAUCGUAACACUAUCCUACUAUUUCUCUUUGCAUAUCUCUGAUGCAUGUGAUGCGUUUAUCAUAUCAAAUGAAAUAAAUACUCAAUAUUAGUUUACAGUCAAUAAAAGUUUAUUUUAAAGGUAGCGUUUAGGAAUUUGGCAUAUCAUGAGCUUAUGAUGAGGUGCAAGUAUACACACAUCGUCAGGAAUAAACAAAGACGCGUAGUCUUUAGUAAGUCUUGAUCUGCUAGUUUGAAGUCAAAGAGGAACCAGUCAUGUGGAAUUCAAGACGUUUAUUUUAACAUGGUUCUCUUACAACAGCAAUUUACUGCCAUAUAAUGCACCCAAAGGAAAUGGUAGUUUUUUUUAAUAUUUUUUUUAAUCCUCUAACCGCCAUAUCAACUGAAUACUCGGUGUAAGAAAACUGUAGUUCCGUGAAAGUUCCGCACAGUCUCCAAGGUAUUUAUGAAAUAACAAUAUUGCGAUGUUAUAGUGACUAUUCCAUCCUUUCACGUAGUCGAAACCAAUUCUCACCGACUGCUCAUCGUAAAAUCACACAAAAGAGCCAACCACAGUGUCAUCUAAAUGACAAAACAGCGUAAUAUUUAUAAUGUCAAUGUGAUCUACUAAUAUUAUUUCGUGAUAAGUAUCAAACGUUGUUUACCGUUAUAUGUUCCAUCAUCAGUUGUUGUAAUUGAGACCUCGUUUAAACUCGCAAUUACAUGUACAUGGAUACCAGACUGAGUCUUGUCGUGUCGUAUCUCUCGCGUGGGCUGCUCACGGAGGAAAUAUAUUUGAAACAGAGUAAGAUUGAAACCAUGUUUCGAUUUAGUUCGUUUUUCCAUGACGAAUAUUUGGUAUCACCAUUAAAGUUAUCACAAAAGGUGAACGAAAAUGUUUCACCUCUAUUUCUAAGUGAGGAACUAGAACUAAUAAUAGUCACGAAAUAACAUUUUUGAAAUGUCUGCAUUUAGGAAUCGCUACUACAGAGAUACGAGUUGUGGGCCACACUCAUCACUCGCCAUGCUAUAGAGAUACGAGUUGUGGGCCACACUCAUCACUCGCCAUGCUAUAGAGAUACGAGUUGUAGGCCACACUCAUCACUCGCCAUGCUAUAGAGAUACGAGUUGUAGGCCACACUCAUCACUCGCCAUGCUAUAGAGAUACGAGUUGUGGGCCACACUCAUCACUCGCCAUGUUCGACAGUAUGUAAUUAUAAAGUUGUAUCGUUUAUAUUCCGAAUCAAUAUAUUUUGUGCAACCGCCAUAUUUGCUCAAGUAAGCUAGUUGUCGAGCUUGGCAGAUAACAUGACCGAAAUGCAUGUAACUACUACCCACCGUUUAAAGGCUUGUUCCAUAAAAAAAGAUGGCAAGUUCUCUCUGACUGUGCCAUUUCUUUUCACUAAGUGAUUGUGAAAAUCUUCGCCCAUGGUUGUGAUGAAAAGGCAUCUAUUUUCUUGACAAAUAAAAUGUGAUAUGUAUUUUUGAAUUGGGAUCAGGUUUAGAGUCUUUGGUGAAAUGCACAAUGCUAGCUUGCCUUGGAACUAGAAUCGCUUGCUGCUCCGCUGAGUCAUGAGGUCAGUUCCUAGCUAUAAGCCACCUGUCAUGGAGAUUCGAUCUAUCAUAACGAUAAGAAUCCAUAGAGUCUAAAUUUGAUGCUAAAAGCAUGUUUUCAGAAAAUAUUCCUAUUGUAUAAAGGGCUUCGACUUGUAUAUUGCUAUGGUCAGAGUGUAAGUAAGUGAAUGUUAUUUACAGUGUAAAAUGAUGACACCAUUGUGCAAUAUAUUUGGACGAUGAUUGGCGAA